AUGUCCGACCGCGAGUUUGGCGCUAACGAUGACUUGUCGCUACCAAAGGCGACCGUACAAAAGAUUGUCCAAGACAUCCUGGCCAGCGAGCCUGGCAUGACAUUUGCAAAAGACUCGCGCGACCUCCUAAUCGAAUGCUGCGUCGAGUUUAUUACCCUCAUCUCAUCCGAAGCAAACGAGAUUGCGGAAAAGGACGCGAAGAAGACGAUUGCAUGCGAGCACGUCAAGGCUGCGCUCGAGGAGCUCGACUUUGGCGACUACGUCCCCGCUAUCCUUGAGAACCGCGAGAAGAAGCAGACAAAGAUCGAGCAGAGCGGCAUGACCGAGGAGCAACUCAUCGCAGCUCAGGAAGAGCUUUUCAAGACGGCCACCAACAAGUUCAACGCGCCACCAGCGUGA